AUGGCCGGGCAAACGUAUGGCAGCGCUGCGAGUAGGAGGCGAGUUGGGAUGCAGAAUGCAAAAGAUGUGCGGCUAUGGUAUGACCAAAAGGGGAAUUCGAUGCUGCGAGACGGAGCGUAUCCAAAAGGCGGAAACGAGCGUCAGGAGCACCACCUCACCAGCUUCUCAUCCAAGAACGAGAGUGCCGCUGAGAAUAAGGUGGGUGUUGGUGCAAGGAAGACGGACAGGCGGAGGGAGAAGGUUACCUAG